AUGAGGAUGUCCAGGUUGUCAGUGGCUGCUGCUGUGAUCUUGGUCAUGGCACUGAUGGCCAUGGAGGUUGAAGGCAUUCGUCUGGAUGCAGAAACUCGUGCAGCAACCAGCAACCAGAUAAUGGUCAAUAAAUCGACCGAGAAUGUGCCCAAGGAUUCUGUUGACUCAUCACUCGAGGCCAAGAGAAGCAUUGCUGGAAAUGAAGUUAGGGCUGUAGCACACAAGCUGCCUGAGUUCCAUGAGGACUACUAUGGUCCUAGCGACCAUACACCUAGACACCACUGA